AGGUUCCCUACCGCCCCGCCCUUGUCCACUGUAAGCCCAACUGUCUUUCCCCUUCCCCGUCGCCCCAUGCUCCCCGAGGCCCCUUCCAGGGUGCUGGGCCUCGGCUAGAGCUCCAAACCAGGGUUCAAAUGCCCUGGGGAGAUGGCUGCGGGACACCUACGGAGGGCCCGGCAGGGAGCGUGAGACUGGAAGAGAGCCCAGGAGGGAAGGACAGCGACGCGCGGUUUUCGGGGAGGAGCAGCGUGGGACGCUGAAGGGGCGCUCGAGGAGUGGGAGGAAGUGAAGGAGUGGGAAGAGCAUGGUGUUGGGGACGCACAGAAGGCAGUAGGUGGGGCAGGACGGAGGGCACUGCGUCGGGAGAAAGUGGAGGGGCGCCGCAGAGAGAGCCGCGAGGGUGUCCUUGGGCCGCUGGUGGCCGCGCGCCCGCGCCAUGGUUGACGUUCUGGGCGGGCGGCACCUGGUGACCUGUAAGGGCGCGGCGGUGGAGGCCGAGGUGGCGCUGCAGAACAAGGUGGUGGCGCUGUACUUCGCGGCGGCUCGGUGCGCGCCCAGCCGCGACUUCACGCCGCUGCUCUGCGACUUCUACACGGCGCUGGUGGCCGAGGCGCGGCGGCCCGCACCCUUCGAAGUGGUCUUCGUGUCUGCCGACGGCAGCGCCCGGGAGAUGCUGGACUUCAUGCGCGAGUUGCAUGGCGCCUGGCUGGCGCUGCCCUUCCACGACCCCUACCGACAUUGGUGCAGGGAAUGCAGAAAGCCCUGGGAGACUGCUGCGGGGUCAGCCAACUUGAGCGAGCGUGAACCACCGGAUCUCAGGCACCACCCCAGUGUCAGGGGCAGGGAGACUGCAUUUCUGAUGAGUUCCCCGGUGAUGUUUCUGGGACAUUGUUUCUCUCACACUGUUCCUGACAGUGCUGAUCAAAGGCUGGUUCAUGGACUCAGGUCAGAUGGGAAUCUGUUAGGAGUGCACGUGCUGCCUGAGCUGAGGGUGCAGGAAUCUGUAGCGAGCUGAGGAAGAGGUACAACGUCACAGCCAUCCCCAAACUUGUGAUUGUGAAACAAAAUGGGGAGGUCAUCACCAACCAAGGGCGGAAGCAG